AUGUGUGUUCGUCGCCCAACGAAAUUUAGGGUUUUCGAGUGUUUUCACGCCGUUCAUCUUCGUCUUCUAGCUUCUCGCACUUGAGCACUCGAAAACCAUGGGUUUCGCCGCGAUCUGGAACUCUCACCCCAAGAAGUACGGGCCUGGUUCUCGCACCUGCCGUGUGUGCGGAAACUCGCACGGGCUAAUCAGGAAGUAUGGGCUUAACUGCUGUAGACAGUGCUUCCGCAGCAACGCAAAGGAAAUCGGAUUCAUCAAGGUAAAAUGA